GUGCAGGCGCAGUUGCAUCGAGGAGCGACCAACAAAGCCCGAGAUGCCCUGUGCCUUUUUCCUCUCUUCAAAUGCUUUUUGCUGGAGAACCAGCAGGGUUAGAUGAAGCCCUGCCGGAUCCUGUUGAAGAUGUUUGCGUGCUUGCUAAAGCUGCAGAGCAAGGAGACAUCAAAAGGUUCACUGAGCUGUUAGAGACAGCGGCAGUGAAGGAUCUCAACGCCCCUCAAGCCCAAGAUCGACGAGGAGAAACCGAGACUCCGUUCAGUUUGUUGCUGCAAAGCUUGCGCAACAAUGGCGUUUUGGGACAAGAUGAGAAACAUGCCAUCUACAAAGCUGCUGAAGCUCAGCAUUCCUAAAGGAAGCUGGAGCUGAUUGGUCAAGCUGUUCACGCACGACGGGCAUCAACGGAUCGAUGGAUCCGUUUCGGCUUCUGCUGCAAUUGCUGAUCGAGCUGAAGAUUCUUGGAACUAAUUCUGCUGACGAACUCAUUGACUUGGCAAUUUCCACUGGAGCUCGAUGGCGUCGAUGCCCUCAUGGCUCACAAAUAUCCUUUUCAGAUGAAUGGGUGUUUUUGUUCUUGCUAGAUUUGCUGUGUGGAGCUGGUAUUCUGGUCCAGCCCGCAUCGAUGCAGCUCUUGGAGCGGUCAUUGAACAAUUGGGGCAUUCACCAACCGGUCAUGACUCUGUUAUUUGAAGGCGGUGGCACCAUGUUCUCCAAUGUGGUCCAAAUUGCGAUGCGUCAUGAUCUUCUUGGUACACCUGAUGGGCAGGCCCUCCUUGAGUUUUGCUAUGCCAGAGGGGCGCGUUGGGAUAUUCGAGAUGGAUGGAAUCAAACAUCAUUCCUGGAGCUCUUGGAGUGCGCUUUACAGCACAGGCGACGGGAACUUUGCGGGAAACGCUCCAUUGAAGACAAUUUGAAAGUAGUUCGAGGCAUCCUGGAGUGUCAACAGGAUUCUCACAAUCUUUGGAACGGGUCGGAAGUGCGAGAGAAAGGUGACGCCUGUGAAACCACGUUCUACUAUAUGCUGAGAGCAUUGGCAGAAGCAGGUUUGGUGGGGCUUUCAAUCGCACGUCAGUAUAUUUCCACUGCGGAAGAAUUUGGUGCUAAGUGGGAUGCUAUUGCCUGGAACUACUCACCACCGUGGGGAAUCUACGAGAAGGGAAAAUUAACAAACUUUCACUCUCUGGUGGAUUUGCUUGGCCAUGCUGGUUGCCUGGAACAUCCAGAUACUGUGACGAUUCUGUCUCGAGCCCUGGAAUUUGGGGCAGACUUCGCCGUUGACGAUCACCGACCUCCUGGAAGGAGGCGAAUCGUUGCACAUAUUCCAAAUUUGCUUUGGACAUGUCGCCGCCAAAUGCUGGUCCUGAUCGCUUUGCUGUCUCACGAUCGAGCAAUCACUGGGCCAGACGACGUUGGUGCUGCUCUCAACUGGCUGGCCCUUUUGGUCAAACGUCAACAUGGGCCAGCGAUCUCUUUGAAGGUUGGUCACCCAGUGGUUCGCUUGGUUUUCAGCUUUCUUCCGCGGGUGCCGCCAGUCUUGGGCUACGACUUCAAGACAGAAGGCCGUGGAGGACGAUCGUUUCAGCGAAGGCAUCGGUCUGCAGAAGAAGGAUUGUAGCUGCACCUUUGCUGGCCGAAAAAGUUGCAGUGUCAGCUUGGACGGAUGCUCUUAGAAUUCGCAAAGCAGGACACUGUUAAUGACAACAAGUACUGACAGGCUUCACUUGGGCGCGACUAGGUGUAUAGUCAUUUCUGAACUAUAAUCAGUUUGGCUUGCAAUGGACUACCGGACAUGUGCAUAGUGGAAAGCUGAAGGGUUGGUGGUGGGC